AUGUCAAGCAGCUCAUCUAGGAGAUGGAUCACUCUGAUCACAAAGCCUGGGCGGCCAGACUCAUCCAGGUGGAAAUCCGGCCUAGGCUGCGAUAGGCCAACAACCUAUCCAGCUGAAUGUAUUUAUCUAGCUACAGAAACCGCUAUAGUAAACAACACUAUUCCAGGACGGGGGACCUCAGGUCAAAUACCUAUCAUGAUGGCGGGCACUGAAAGCCGAGAGGAUAGUGUCAACCUGACGGGGAAACCUAAAUGGAAAUCACAACUGCUCAGUUGUAAAGGAAAACUGCGUGUCGGUACAUGGAAUGUUCGGACAUUACUACAAACAGGAAAGUUAAAGGAAUUAUGUGAUAAUGCAGAAAGGUACCAUCUUGACAUAGUUGGAGUACAGGGAGUUAGAUGGAGUGGAAAGGACAAGAUCCGGCAUGAUUCAUGGACAUUUAUAUACUCAGGCAGAGAUGACCAAAAACAUGAGGCAGGAGUAGGUGUACUUUUAUCCAAGAGAGCAGCUGAUGCAGUUAAUUCCACCGACUGUAUUAGUGAGCGCCUACUAAAGAUCAGAUUUAAAGCUGGAGUCACUAACCUUACUGUGAUUGUAGGGUAUGCACCAACAGAAGUAGCAAAUACACCAGAAAAAGAUGAAUUUUAUGACCAGUUGAACAACAUUCUGGGCAAAAUACCACGACAUGAUAUGUGCCUCUUGAUUGGUGAUUUUAAUACUAGAGUGGGACAAGAUAUAACAGCAUAUCCCAGAGUAAUAGGCCAACAUGGCAUGGGUGACAUGAAUGAGAAUGGACAGAGACUCCUUGACACAUGUAGUACCCAUGGUAUAGUAAUUGCUGGCACCAUCUUUCAGCACAAGGAAAUCCAUAAGUAUACGUGGACUAGCAAUACAGUAUCAAGAACAAGAGCACAGCUUGAUCAUAUCAUCAUCAAUAGUAGAUGGAAACGCUCCAUGACAGACUGUAGAGCCUACAGAGGUGCUGAUAUCUUCAGCGACCAUGAGCUACUAAUUUCUACUAUCACCAUGAAACUGGCAAAACCUAAAUCAAGGGGUGCAAAAGGAAAAUUUGCCACUUAUAAGCUUAACGACCGGAUAAUGAAAGAAAGAUUCCAACAAGAAGUGAAGAAACAUCUGAUAGAGGAGAACAGUCAACAGCUUGAGAUAGAAGAAGACUGGGAUAACAUUAAAAAUGGAAUUCUACAUGCUGCAGAAAACACCAUUGGUAGGAUUAGGCAUAAAAGAAAAGAAUGGAUUAGUGUUCAAACAGAAGAAUUGGUGGAAAAGCGACGAACGGCAAAAGCAAGGUAG